AUGUUCCAGGAUGAAGAAACCGACCUCGAAAAGGCCGAGAAGAUCAUGGAUGCCGUGAGCUCGAGCUCCGAGAAGCCCGAGGAUUUCGACAGCGACAUCGACGUGCCGAAGGGCCCGGAUUCGGCAUCGGAGAAGGAUGCGCAAAGCGACUCCGACAUCCACAGCGAUGUUGAGGGCCCCGGGACAUCGUCCAAGGAGGAGGAUCCGGGAAGCGACAGCAACGUGGAGUCGAAGAAGCUGGGCCGCCGCGGCCCACGUCUGAAGGAUUUCGCAACUGACACCGACUGGGCCCGGGCAUUUGUGGAGUCACAGAACUCACGAUCGGAGAAGGAUGGACCAAGCGACAGCGACAUGGAGCCGAAGGGGCCGCUGGGUUCGGCAUCCGAGAAGGAAGGACGAAGCGCCAGCGAUAUCGAGCCGAAGGGGCCACUGGACUCGGCAUCGGAGGAGGAUGGACCAAGCGCCAGCGACAUCGAGCAGAAGGGGCCACUGGACUCGGCAUCGGAGAAGGAUGGACGAAGCAGCAGCGACAUCGAGCAGAAGGGGCCACUGGACUCGGCAUCGGAGAAGGAUGGACGAAGCAACAGCGACAUCGAGCCGAACGGGCCACUGGAGACGGCAUCGAAGAAGGAUGGACCAAGCAAGAGCGACAUCGAGCAGAAGAAGAAGGGCCCACGACGGGAGAAGGAUGGACCAGGCAAGAGCGACAUCGAGCAGAAGAAGAAGGGCCCACUGGACUCGCCAUCGGACCAGGAUCUGCCAAGCGACUUCGACAGCCCCACGAAUCCCGAGUGGCUCCCCGAGACUAUGAUGGACGCAGAGGAUGAUCCCAUGGCAGUGCCGUUCAUGUCCAGCAGCGAUGAGGACCCUGCCCGGAACAACAAGAAGCGGCCAAACCUCAUGAUGGUGAAGGCGGAGGAGCACAGCGAGGACGACGAGGCAUGCAGCACGCCCACGUCGAUUGCGGAGCUCAUGGGAUUGAACAAAGAUAUGAUGCAUGCUGAUGUCGAGCCAGUUGGAGAGCAGGGAUAUCGAAGCACGCAGGCCCGCAAGGCGGCCGCGAAGGCCGAGGCCGCGAAGCCCGUGAAGGCCAAGGCGAAGGUGCUCAGAAAGAAGGGCAGCUUCAGACGCGUGCUCAAGCGUCGCAAGAAGAAAGCCGCCAAGAAGGCGGCCGAGGAGCCCACGGACCGUACCGAUGUCAUGUUUCAGAAGUACAACCUCAAGGACCUGGCCGUGCCCAAAGACGCCUUCCCACAGGGACCAACGAAGGGACUCCACUCCUACACGAUCCGCAGCCCGAGCCAGAAGUGUGCAAUAGAGGUCCUUUGCAGGAAUAAAGCCUUCUAUGCCAAAAAGAUCCACCCGGACCUGGCAGCUGACGCGGGCCACAAAGUGGGGCAAGUGGGCUGGAAGACGGCCUGGCCGCAGUGGAUAUAUGUGGACCUCGAAGAUUCUGUGGAAGGACCGAUCAUGGCUGGCCGAUAUGCGAUCCCACAUGACAUCGUCUACAACGAGCGCACGAUGAAUAUCCUCAGCUCCCUGGGCUAUUGCAAUGCAUUGUUUGAGUGCCUUCGACUGGGGGUGUUCUGGAUAUUGGAACAACCAGAGCGGUCAUUGAUGGAAUCCCAUCCUGCCAUUCAGCUGCUCUUUGGCUGUGUGAAAUGCUAUCGAGUAUCUAUUCAGAUGGAAGAUUUCGAUCGGAAGAUACUGGAGAAGCUUCCACGAUUCAAGCCACCGGUGGAAGACCUUCCCACCGAGGAGCAGAAGAAGGGAUGGGAAAUGUCAGUGCAUUACACCGACGAGACCGGAUGCAAGCGUGUGAAUGGCGGCCGAAACCUGAAGGGCUCACAAGCCUAUCCGAGACAGUUUGGCAUUGCUUUGUCAUCCUUGCGGACGGAGUACGAUGCUGAGAUCAAGCAGCAGGCUUGGGCAGAUCUCGCUGAGGCUCUGAAGCAGCCUUUGCGGCUUCCUGCAGAGUGUAAGCCGUCGAAGCUUGAAGUGUCCCGGCACGAAAGACUCAUGGUCUCCUUGCAGAAGUGUGCUACUAAGAGUAGCCUCGCAGCCCCUCCUGUUGCGAUUAAGAAGGGCCGAAAAGAACAGCAAGAAACCGAAGUCGCAAAGGAAAAGAAGGAAAGCAAGGAGAAGAAGGAAGUCAAAGAGAAGAAGGAAAGCAAAGAGAAGAAGGAAAGCAAAGAGCAGAAGGAAAGCAAAGAGCAAGUCAAAGAGAAGAAGGAAAGCAAAGAGCAGAAGGAAAGCAAAGAGCAGAAGGAAAGCAAAGAGAAGAAGGGAAGCAAAGAGAAGAAGGAAAGCAAAGAGCAGAAGGAAAGCAAGGAGAAGGAGGAAAACAAAGAGAAGAAGGGAAGCAAAGAGAAGAAGGAAAGCAAAGAGCAGAAGGAAAGCAAGGAGAAGGAGGAAAGCAAAGAGAAGAAGGACAGCAAAGAGCAGAAGGUCAGCCAGGAGCAGGGAGGAAACAAGGAGAAGAAGGGAAGCAAAGAGCAGAAGGAAAGCGCAGAGCAGAGGGACCACAAGAACAAGAAGGACAGCAAAAGGGGAGUGCAGGAGGCAAGCAAGGAGCAGAAGGAAAGCAAGGAGAAGAAGGCAAGCAAAGAGAAGAAGGAAGACCAGACGGACGAUGAAACGGCGGAAGCCUUCGAUGAGGUGGCAUUCCUGGAGGCGGAGCUUGCAGCUCGGGAGCUAGCGGAAGCCCGAGAGGACUCGGAGGUUUCAGAUGGCGAGGCACCCGAAGCUUCGGAAGAAGCCAAGGACGAUGAAGAGGAGGACGAGCCAGAGCAGGAGGAGACCAGUGCUCCAAGGACCCCAGGUGCCGGCGCUUUGGACAGUGACGAGGAGCUGCCUCAGUCGCAAGAUUGUGUCUUGGACGAAGAGGACAUGCAGUCCGACUCGUCAAGCGACCAGUCGGAGGAGAACGUGGACGGCGACUCCUUGAGUGACGCUGAGGACACAAAGGCGUUGAGUACGGCCGUGGCGACUGAGCCCGUUCGGAACAGUGCCACACACAGGAAGGAAUGGGCGGUUUUUGAUCGUGCCGUUAAGAACCGCCAGAAGUUCCCCGUCGCUCUGAGCAACUAUGCGAGCAAGUCCAAGACGGAUUUGUUUGCUGCAUGGCUCGAUUGCAAUGGCAAUUGGGAUGUUCUUGCUAUUCAGGGAAAGGACUUGAAGACAAAGUACGCAGACGAGGCAGAAGACUUAUCCGUUUCCGGUUGCACAGUUCAGGCUGAACACAUUUGCCAGGCAAUGUACAAGCAAGUGAUUGCAGCAAGAAAAGCCGAAGGCCGCUGGUACAAAGACAAGGACUUCCCCGACAACGAAGAUGAAGCAUGGUAUUACAUGCCGAAGGGCCACCUGCUGCGGCUUGACAAUGCCACGAGCGAAGAACAAAAGUUGUCUGUCGAACAAGGUAUGGAUGAGGACUUGGCGAAGGUACUGGAGGAGAACAACCUGCUUCAGGCAGGCACCUUGCCUGCGGUACACGCAGCCACUGAGGCUGGCGAGAAGGCGCUUCUGGCCUUCUUCGAUGAGGGUGCUGCUGUGGCAAAGCGAACACCGAAACCCAGGAAGGACAAGGAGUCAACGGAGGAUGCCAAGGAGAUGGAACCGAAGACCGUGCGCCAGCUGGUGGCAGAAGCGAAGCCGGAGAUCCUGAAGGAUGCUUCGAAAGCUCGGGAAACCUCCCUCACCCUGAACAACCUCAACUACGGUGAAAAGUUGGCCGAACAGCUGCUGAAUUACUCCAGGCAGAUGGAGCUGACCUACAAGAGGCUAGCUGAGCUGGAGGCAAAGGAGAGCACCGAGGAUGCCGAGUUGAACAAGUUUCUGAAGUAUGUGGCCAAGAAGAAGCCAUGGUUCCAGCAAGCCCAGGCAGCAGCAAACGGCCUGCAGUCUGGAUUGAAAGCAAAGAAGAAGAAGGCAGGAGCCAAAGCAAGCGCCAAAGGUGCUGCUGCGAAGCCUGCCGCAAAAGCGGCUGCUUGA